GGCGGCGGCGGAGGCGGCGGCCGCCCUUGCGCUUCCUGCCCAGCCGGGGCUCAAGGGCGGCGGGAGGGGGCUCCGCAGCCCCGCCGCUCGCCCGCCCGUCCGCCUCCGGCCCGGCGCCGGAGCAGCAGCGCCUGCAUUGCAGAAGCCAGCCGCCCGCCCGGUCCUGCCCUCCGCCUGCCUGCCAGCCAGCAGAGCGGCCGCAGCCUCCGCCAGCCGGGAGGGAUGCCGGCGCUGCGCUUCCCCGGCGCAGAUUUCUCAGGAGACGUAACUUACUCUCACGGCUUACUGUGAAGAUAAAAAUGAACUAGCCUCUUCACCAUCUGACGCACGCUGGCGAAACUUGACUUCAAGUCUGCUGAAAAUGGAUGUCUUGUAACCUUCCUCCUUCUGCUGCCCAGUUAGCAGCUACCCUACAUGCUCCCAUGACUCUUGAUAUGGAUGCUGUCCUCUCAGACUUCGUUCAGUCCACGGGGGCAGAGCCUGGUCUAGCCAGAGACUUGUUGGAAGGCAAAAACUGGGAUUUCACCGCUGCUUUGAGUGACUAUGAACAGCUCAGGCAGGUGCACACAGCUAACCUGCCCCACGUGUUCAACGAAGGGAGGUAUCCCAAACAGCAGCCGCAGCAAAAGCCGGAGAAAGAACCUUCCCAACAGGUGAACAAGGGUGAGCGGCUCUCCUUUCCUCGGCAGGAGGACACCUCCCAAGAGAAGAGGCUUUCUAGAGGAAUCUCCCACGCCAGCUCCGCCAUUGUCUCUCUCGCCCGCUCUCACGUGGCCACCGAAUGUAACAAUGACCACUUCUCUCUGGAGAUGCCCAUCUACACCUUCCAACUUCCCGACCUCAGCGUUUACAGUGAAGAUUUCAGGAGCUUCAUCGAGAGGGACUUGAUCGAGCAAGCCACCAUGACCGCUUUGGAACAAGCUGGUCGGCUCAACUGGUGGUCAACGGCAUGUACCAGCUGCAAGCGUCUUCUUCCAUUGGCCACAACCGGGGAUGGGAACUGCCUCUUGCACGCUGCUUCUUUGGGGAUGUGGGGUUUCCACGACCGAGACCUCGUCUUACGGAAAGCCCUUUACACCAUGAUGAGGAGUGGGGCCGAAAGGGAAGCUUUGAAGAGAAGGUGGAGGUGGCAGCAGACCCAGCAAAACAAAGAGAGUUUUGUAGAAGUUUCGGUGUCUACCUGCCAAUUCUGGUACCACGGAAAUGACGAUCAGUGGUUCACAGUGGAGAAUUCGGAAGACCCCGUCUACGAGAGCCUGGAGGAGUUUCACGUUUUUGUAUUGGCCCAUGUUUUAAGGCGACCGAUUGUCGUUGUGGCAGAUACAAUGCUACGGGAUUCAGGAGGAGAAGCAUUUGCACCCAUCCCCUUUGGUGGAAUUUACUUGCCCUUGGAAGUCAUGUCCAACCGAUGCCAUUGUUCUCCCCUGGUCCUCGCUUAUGACCAAGCCCAUUUCUCGGCCCUCGUAUCAAUGGAACAGAAAGACCAACAGAAGGAGCAAGCGGUGAUCCCCCUGACCGAUUCUGAGCAUAAAUUACUGCCUUUGCACUUCGCGGUUGAUCCGGGCAAAGACUGGGAAUGGGGCACCGAUGACAGUGAUAACAUCAAAUUGGCCAAUUUGAUUCUGUCUCUGGAGGCCAAGCUCAACCUUCUGCACAGUUACAUGAAUGUAACCUGGAUUCGCAUGCCGUCAGAAACACGGGCUCCGUUGGCUCAACCGGAAUCUCCUACUGCCUCCGCUGGAGAAGAUGUCCAGUCGCUGGCAGACUCCAUGGAUUCAGACAGGGAUUCCAUCUGUAGUAAUUCCAACAGCAAUAACGGCAAAAACGGGAAAGAGAAAGAGAAGCAGAGGAAAGACAAGGAGAAGAACCGAGGGGAUUCGGUGGCUAACAAACUUGGAAGUCUCAGCAAGACUCUGGGCAUCAAGUUGAAGAAGAACAUGGGUGGUCUUGGUGGGUUGGUCCAUGGCAAGAUCAACCGAGCCAACGCUGGGAACGGCAAAAACGGGGAGAUCACAGAGAAGCCUAAAGAGAAGAAGUCCAAAUCGCGUAAAGGAAGCAAAGAGGAAUCGGGCCGCUCUGCGAGCACGUCUCCCUCGGAGAAGACCACCCCGUCACCCACGGAGAAGGCGAGUAUCUCCCCCGCGGAAAAGGCCAACUCGAAAUCUCCGUCCGAGAAGCAGCCGGACUCCUGGAAAUACAGCACAGACGUGAAGCUGAGCCUCAACAUCUUGAGAGCCGCCAUGCAAGGAGAGCGGAAGUUCAUUUUUGCCGGCCUUCUCCUGACCAGCCAUAGACACCAGUUCCACGAGGAGAUGAUUGGCUACUACUUGACCAGUGCCCAAGAGCGCUUCAGUGCUGAACAGGAGCAGAAGAGGAAAGAGGCGGAGAAGAAGGCCGCGGCUCUCGGCGGCUCCUCUUCUCGGAAAUUGGACCAAGAAGGGUUUUCCAAGGAGAAGCUGGACUCAUCUCCUCAGGGGAGGGCAUCACCAGUGUUGUCUCAAAGCCAUACCACUCAGCUGGUUUUAAAGUUCAAGGACCGUUCUGCUCCCACAGCGGCUUCUUUCUCGUCCCCUAGCAACAGCGCCAAGAAGAGUGGUCCCAUCCCAGUAUCUGCCCAUUAUAGCCAUACGCCCCCCGUCCAAAGGCAGAGCGUCAUCCACUUGCACGACUUCAACGCCAAGCCAUCCAGCUCCCAAGACGACGCCUACAAGCCCGUGGUGGGCACCCUUAAAACGUGCGCCACCUAUCCUCAGCAGAACCGCUCCUUGUCCUCGCAGAGUUAUAGUCCGGCCCGGAUAGCCGACAUCCGUACGGUCAACACGGUGGAAUCCUUGGCCUACACUCUGCCCACGGACCCCAAGUCACAAACGUACACCAAUGGGUUUAAUAACAGCAACGACAUUAGAGACAGCUUAGAGUACGUGGACGAAGAAGCUCCACAAACCUGGUUGAACAAUGAGAAAAACAGAAGCAGGACCACGGUUUGCCCCCUGUACGCCAUCCAGCAGAACCGUUGCAAGACGGAGAAUUGCUCCUUUUACGGCCGCCCCGAAACCAAGAACUUCUGCUCCUGCUGCUACAAGGAGGAACUCAAACGUAGGGAGCGGGAGAGUAAAAGGUCCCGGCAUUGAAGACGUGGAGCUCUUCGAAUAAAUAUUUAUUUCAUUCUUUUUCUUACUUAGGACAUACUGUUAUGUGGUAAGGGACUGAAAGAGGAAAGAACCGGGGCGGGGAGGGAGGGGGGUUCUAGAAAGCGCUAGCUUUUCAAAUUUUUCUUUUUUUGCAGCGGGGUCGUGGGCAGGAAAACAAAAAACAAAACAAAACAAAAAAAAAAGAAAGCGGGGAUCUGUGGUUGAUCAAGAGUUGGUGGCUUCCCAUUUCACUGGUGUCUUUUUUACACACGCUGGUAAUCGGAAAGGGUCUUUACUUCUCUGUCAGUGCUGUAUCUGCGUGGUCAAAACUUUACUAAUGGUGCCUGAAUUCACACUGACAUCACUCAGGUAGUAGAAAGGUUAGGGAAAAAGUCAUAAAAAUAGAAGACGUGGUGUGGUAAGUGUUCAUGUGUGUCUGCCUCAUUCUGUAGAUCAGAGGUGGGGAACUCUGGGCCUUUUGGGAGUGUGGACUGGCUCAGGAAUUCUGGGAGCUGAAG